CAUAACAGCAGCUUGCUGUAAAGAGUAGUGUGUUGGGCACUGACUCAGAGGAAUUCACUGCCAGAUCCAUCAUUCUCCCUGACAUCUCUAUACAGGUCUGCUCAUCUGUAGAACAAGUGAAGCUCACAAAUGCCCUUUUCCUCUUGUGUGAACCGUCCAGGCUAUCUGUUAAGUUGGAUUUCUGCUUGACAGCAUACAAAAGAAGGCGGAACUACGUGGCUUCAGUUCAAUAGCACAUUUCAGUUUUCCUGCAAAAAGCACCAGCACAGGGAGGUAGUCCAGUUGUCCAUGCAGGGAGCAGAGCUGAGGAGGCUUUACUUUGUAGGUGCUACUGAUUGUCCUCCCUGGCAGCAGCUGGCAUUCUUACCCUCAGAAGAUGGCUUUACUUUGUAGGUGCUACUGAUAGUCCUCCCUGGCAGCAGCUGGCAUUCUUACCCUCAGAAGAUGGCUUUACUUUGUAGGUGCUACUGAUAGUCCUCCCUGGCAGCCGCUGGCAUUCUUACCCUCAGAAGAUGGCACACUCUUACUGAUCUUACCAUGAGAAUAUUCCCUGGUAAAUGGCUGAAAAUAAAGAUCUGCAAGAAGAACACUUUCCUUCUCCUGCUCUUCUGGGCUUCUUGCUGGAUAUUGGUGAGCACUUUCCUGUUUGUCCACAGGAGCAUGUUCUCAGAUCGCUGCACCGAUGAGGAGAGUAAGAAGAUCCUGGCAGGACUGUGUUACGAUUACAACAACAGAGCGGUGACUGGAGAUCUAUGUGAAGAUCUGUGUGUUACUGAAAAGCUGAUGUAUAAGCACUGUCUUUACUACCAACGGGGGAAAAAAGUUCUACAAGCUGACUGGCAAGGCACAUCAAUCAUCCUGAAGUCCAAAAAUGAUGCCUUUUCCAGUUUCCAACCACCAAUCUUCUUGGAUGAAUCUGACGCUCAGUCUCUUACAGACACUGAACUUUUUGUGAUGGUAGCUGUGGAAAUUAAAAAUACUCUGGGUUUGGAUUUACCAAACAGUACUUUAUUACCCUUGUGGCCUGAAAGGAAAGAUAGCCAGAACUGGAAAGUGGAUCUUGCAAGUAUGUGGUCUUUAUACCAACAAGAAGAAUACCUUCUUUUUAAUUUGCUCCAAGACUUUAGUAGACAUGUCCUACGUGUAGUUGGGACCUGUGGACACUUCUAUGCAGUAGAGUUUCUAAGUGCUGGACUCUCUUGGAAACAAAAUCUAUUUCCCUUGGAAGAAGUUGUUGGCCAUUGCAAAACAGGUGAGGAAAAGAUGAAGGCUCUCCUUGAUAUUGCCAUCAGUUUCUUAGAUAUGGUCCAUCAGUUUGACAACGAGUUCUCUCAUCGGCUCCACCUUUGUGAUGUCAAACCGGAGAACUUUGCUAUUAGAAGCGACCUUACUGUGGUGGCCAUUGAUAUGGAUAUGGCAUUUUUUGAACCCAAAAUGCGGAACAUACUGGAGCAAAAAUGUACAUCUGAUAAGGACUGCAAUUUCUUUGACUGUUUCUCAACAUGUGAUUUAAAGACUUUCAUGUGCGGAGCAGAAAGAGAGAACAGCAAUCUCCAAGUCAUCUGUGACAAGAUAUUCCGACGCUGGUUCACUCAGAGUAUCAUGGGGUCUAUCCGUCCCUUUCCUCUACAAGCUGAACUACAUGAGGCCGUGCAGAAAUGUGCUGAGUCUACAAAUCUGGAAUCGCUUUUUACAGACUUAUACUCAUUAUUACAAAAGAGUCAAAAACAGCUACACAGAGGAAAUGUCUGAACCCUAUAGUUCUGAAUGACAAAAGAAUGGCUAUGUGAUGUUACACAUCAUUUUUUAGUUUAAAUGCACAAGAAAUUAAACGAAAACAGUAUUACUUAAACAGCGUAUUACUAGGACUAUAUGUUAAAGGAAUUAUCAUAUAAAUUGUAGCAGACCGAUUGACAAGAAGGCCUAUGGCCUUGAUUCAGAUAAAGAGGUUUGGUUAUAAAUUUACAGAGUAUCUUGAUUUGCCCUUUAAAGGGGUACUCCGCCUCUAGACAUCUUAUCCUCUAUCCAAAAGAUAGGGGAUAAGAUGUCUGAUAGCGGGGGUCUUGCCACUGGGAAGCCACACGAUCUCUCCUGCAGCACUCCCUAUCAUCUGGUGCACAGAGCAAACUUCGCUCCGUGCCUGAUGACUGGCAAUGCAGGGGCCAGAGGAUUGACAUGUCUUGGCCUGGCCCCUCGUGAUGUCAGGCCCUGUGCCCUCAAUGCAAGUCUAUGGGAGGGGUGCCCCUUCCCAUAGACUUGCAUUAGGGGGCGUGAAGUGACAUCACAAGGGCGGGGCCAUGAUGUCACGAGCCUCCGGCCCCUGCAUUAUAGAUCACGGGGGCUUCACAGUGGCGGGACCCCCAUGAUCAGACAUCUUAUCCCCUAUCUUUUGGAUAGGGAUUAAGAUGUCUAGGGGCGGAGUACCAUGAUUCUGCUAUCUUUCCUAUUGAUCCUAUACAGUAGUGUGAAUAAGUAUAUUCCGCAUUGCUGCUGUUACUGGAUAGAAAUGUUAUACUGAAUUGUUUCACAUCUAUAGAAACAGACUGUUUUAUCAGAAUCUACAAUGUUUUUCAAUCUACAAUAUAGAAAUAAGUAUUUUCUGCUGCACAUUUUCAAUCUUUUUGACUGCAUUAUUGUGGUUUGAGGUAGAUAUGGUACAUCCGCAUCCUGGAUUUCUGACAUGUGACAUGCCAUUUAUUCCCUCAAAUAUGAAAUGUACAUAUAGGCCCUCAUUGACUAACAGGAUUCCGACUUUUUGUCGGGUUUUGUGCCUAAAUUCUGCGACAGAAAAAACCUGACAGAAUUUGAAUCACUCUGAGUGAAAAAAAAACAACCAUACAAAAUGGGCGUUGUUUUCGGGAAAAGGGAUGUGUUCCCGACAUUUCAUCCAAAAUCACUCAUCUUCAGAAUCGUUUUCUGAAAACCACUCUGAAAAUCAUGUGAAUUUUCUGGGAAGAAAACCCUACACUUUAAAGCAUGAAUAAAGUUUCAGAAAGCGGAGUAAAUUCUCUGGCUGUUUGCUCCUUUGCCUGCCUCGUCUUUUUCAAGCGAUUCUUACUUGUAAAUUUUUGUUUUUGCACAAUAAAAUUUUCCAACAUAUUUUUUCCCCUAUUGUUUCAGUAAUAAUGAUGGAAAAAAAAAUACUGUAUAUACUCGAAUAUAAGCCGACCCCAAUAUAAGCCAAGGCCUCUAAUUUCACCCCAAAAACCUGGGAAAAACGUAUUGACUCAAGUAUAAGCCUAGGGUGGAAAAUACAUCAUUCCCCCCUCCCCCUGUCAUCCAUCAUCCCCCACCCCCGUCACCAUCCCGACCCCCUCUGUCUUCAUCCCCCACCCCCUGUUAUCAUCCAAACCCCCAUUAUCCCCCCUGUCACCAUCCAGACCCCCCUCAUCCCCCCUGUCAUCAUCUAGACCUUCAUCAUACAUACCCCCCUCUCUUGUUCUCUACUCACUUCCCCAGUUGUAGCUCUGUUGGUCCUUCCCUAGCAGCCAUCCAUCGUCGCCCAUCUAAGAUGCAGGGACCGUCCGAAUUCCAAGGGGAGAGUUGAGCAGGUCCGGGCUGUCCAUCUUGACCGGGAGGCCCUCUUCUCCACUCCGGGCCUUCCCCGUACUAGCGACGCUACAUUGAUGAUGCUGCGGAGGGACGUCUGUGCGCAGGGACGCCCCUAAUGUCACGGACCUCUGCUGCGCACGGUUGUCCCUGUGCGGCUGUGUCAAUGCAGCGUCACUAGUUCGGGGCUGGCCUGGAGCAGUGAAGAGGGCCUUCCAGUCAAGAUGGAUGGCCCGGACUGGCUCACCCUCCCCAGUGGAAUUCGUACGGUCCCUGUAGCGUCGGCUUAUACUCGAGUAUAUAUGGUAAAAAAAAUAUAUAUAUAUAUAUAUAUAUUCAUUAUACUCAUUUUAAUGCAUCUAUCUAUAUACAUAUAUGUAUAAAAAAAUAUAGAUGCAAAUCAAAAAAUGUUGCAGUAUCUUGUUAUACCUUUUUUAUUGGACUAACAGCAUUUUGUAGAGACAAGCUUUCGGGAUUCCUAACUUUUUCAAGUCUAAAUCAAAUCUAAGCUCACAAGCAGAAGACACAGGUUACAUCUCACAAAUAUGCAGGGGUUAAGACAAUAGAUGUGGAGAAUUCACACUAAGAUGGGCCAUAAAUUGUCCUCCUAUAACAGGUAUUACAAGAUACUGCAACAUUUUUUGAUUUGCAUCACUGGACUAAUACGGCUACUUAAAUUUACUAAAAAAAAAUAUAUAUUUAAAUAGAUAGACUAAAUAUUACAUUUAUUAAUAUCUAGAGAGAUCUCUCUCUCUAUACAUAUAUAUUUUCACAAAUUAUAAUUUUUUUUUCUUUUCUUUUUCUUUUCAAAAAUCUUUUGCAUUGCAACAGAAUUUUCAUUGCUACAGAUUUAUGCAGGCGACAGAUUUUAAUGUGCGACAGUAUUAACCCUGCAACAGAUUUUACCGUGCGACAGAUGAACCCUGCAACAGAAAUUACUGUGCAACUUUUUCCCCUAUGACUAAUAAGAUCGGGAAAAGUGCGACAGAUUAGUCAAUACCAAGAGAAAAAAAGGUCAGAAAAGCAAAAAUGUAACGCAAACCAACACUCCACUCUUAGUAAAUGAGGGCCAUAUUGUUAAAGGGGUACUCCGGCGCUUAGACAUCUUAUCCCUGAUCGCGGGGGUCCCGCCACUGGGGACCCCUUGUGAUCUUCCACGCCGCACCCUGUUAGAAUCAGUCCCCGGAGCGUGUUCGCUCCGGGUCUGAUUACUGGCGAUCACGGGAACGGGGCAUUGUGACAUCACGGCUCCGCCCCCAUGUGAC